AGGACGACGAUGACUAACUUACACAAUCUAAAAAGACAGCAUUUAUUAAAAUUAUUAAAGUCUAAGCAAUGGAGAGUUAUUAUAGCAGACAAGUACUCGCAGCAGCUCAUACUCGAUACUCUCAAAAUGAACGAGAUUCUACAGCAGAAUAUAACUGAAAUACAAGAACUAGAGGAUUUACGUAGGCAGCCUAGCAAUUAUGAUAAACUCUACUUUGUUUUACCAACUUCACAUUCCGUCAAGAGAGUGAUUAAGGAUGUCAAACAAGCCACUACACCUUGUUCGCUUUACUUCUUAGAUCAACUACCAAAGUAUCUAGAACAAUGGAUCGUAGAUUCUGGUAUUAUCACUAAGUUAGAAGCUCUCUCUGAGCUCUCUAUCAACUUCAACUCGGUUGAAUCCAGGGCGUUCAUCACCGAUCAACCGACCGCAUUCAACAGCUUUUAUUCACAGCCACCUAAUAUACCAUCAUCUGAAGUGCAAGUAGGCUUAAUAGUAAAAGGUCUAUUGAAUAUCCUCACUUUACUCAAUAUAUUCCCUUCGAUUAGAUACCAAAACCCGCUAAAUUCAGUUGGUACAUACGCCAAUCCAGUCGUAGCAGCUGGUGAAUACCUUGGUGCUGAUCCAGCAGGACCUCCAAUCAAGAGGUCUACUUGGAAGUCCGCUUUUACUUCAUCAGAGAGAGGUUCUGGCGUUGCAAGGAGAGUCGCUAUUGCCCUCCAUAAGGAGCUUCAACAAAUGAAGAGAGACAAUCCGGAUUUCGGUCUUUCUGAUUCAUCAUCUACCAACGUCGCACCACCUAUUCUUCUCAUCACUGAUAGAACAUUGGAUGUAUGCUUACCAUUGAUUCACGACUUCCAGUAUCAAUCACUUGCUACUGAUGUCCUACCUGAUAGGGUUGUUGACACUACAUCUCAUCCACCAACUUAUACCUUCAAGAGUACCGCUCAAGCACCUGUUGGUGAUUUGGGUAUUAAGCAACACUCACUUUCAGACAAGACGGACUCAAUUUGGGCUGAUAUUCGUCACUUACAUAUGAAAGAGGCGAUUGACAAAGUUGGAGAGCUCACGCGUGAAGCCGAAAAAAUCGAUAGUGGUUUCAAAGAAAGCAAGGGUCUCGAUGGUUUGAGAAGUAUGUUAGCUGGUCUCAGUGAUUUAGAAGAAAUAAAGGAGAAGGCCUUCAUCCAUACCAACUUAUCUGGUUUAUGUAUGGCAGAAGUAUCUAAUAGACACUUAAUGGAAGUCUCAGAAGUUGAGCAAUGCUGCGCAACUGGUCAAACGGCAGAUGGUCGGACACCACGUCAUUUGAUUGAGCAAAUGGUACCACUCUUGGAUCUACCACACGUUACAAACAAGGAUAAAAUACGUAUCAUCGCGUUGUAUAUCAUUUUUAAAGAGGGUGUUAGCGAUGAAGACAAAAGAAGAUUAUACCAACAUGCAAGACUUGGCCCAACUGAACAAGAAGCUAUUGACAAUCUCGUUCAUUUGGGUAUAAAACUUAGCAAGAAUGAUCAAAAUCAACAAUCAUUUAGAAAGUACAAGUAUCGCGGAAAGGCGGGCGAAGAUGUUUAUGACACAAGUAGAUAUGUGCCUGCAUUGAAGACAACAGUAAUGGAAUUACUACAAGGGAGACUUGACAAUGGAAAUUUCCCUAAAUUUGAGAAUACACUAGAAGGUGAAAAUCCAUCAAAUGGUGCACAUGAACCACCCUCAACUAGUUUACGUACACGUCCAUCAACCAGACCAUUGCAGAAGGUCACACCGGCACCUUCUCAGGGUAGUUUGAGAUCUGCUAGGGCUACAUGGGCGACAGCUUCUCGCUCUUCGUCCUCACAAGUGAAUGAGAGUGCAUCGAAGAAGGUUUCAAUGAAGGAGGACAAUGAAGACCUUAAGAAACAAAAAGUGCUUGUCUUUGUAUGUGGAGGUAUGCUCUACAGCGAAAUUAGAGCUAUGUAUGAGUUGGCGAACUCAACCAGCAGGGACAUACUCAUUGGAUCAACGGAUAUUUUCACCCCUAUGAAAUUCGUUGACAAUUUGCGCAAGUUAGGAGGUGGAUAUAUGUAUGGUAGUGGAUCGACGCUCACAAAUGAAGCGAAUAUGAAGUUCUCGAGUGCAUCAACGGCAUUAGGUAAAUUGGACAAAUAUUCGUUCGAUCCAGGUAGAGAAUUGAGUGAUAAGAAGGCACAACAGACCGCACCUGAUUACGCACCUGAGGAAGUUGAAGCACGCUACUACAAAAAGUUACAAGAAGCUUACGAUAGGAAAUUCUGGACAGAAGAGAUACAGCCGCCACCACCACCACCACCAAUGAACGCGAAAGGAGAACCAAUCAUACCCAAACCAGACAAGAAAGACGAAAAGAGAUUGAAAAAGGAGCAAAAAGAGAUUGAGAAGCACAUACAAAAGCAGCAAGAGGUUGAAAAGAAGAAAGAAAAGAAAUUUGGUAAAAAGGGAUGGUUUUGAAUUAUGUAUUUGACUUGUAUAGAC